GGUCCACUAUCUGCUUCUACAAUUGGAUCUUUUAGUAAUCAGAUUUCCUCAGUUGACAAUCAGAGUGAGCAAUCAAGUACACCAGUUAUUACACCUUCAUCGGCUACAUCUUUUUCCACAACAUAUUCGGAUGCCAAUGUGUACCUUCGGAGAUAUAUUCCACUAUUGAGUCUCGUUUUCGAAGAUCAUUCCUUCAUGACUCUUAAUGGUAUGACCAAUCUAGAGGUAGAUUCGCAAGUUUCAAUAUAUAAAGACGUCCUUGCUCUUUAUCGAUCAAUGAUUUCGGAGGGGCCUAUUGAGUUAGAGACAGAAACAUG